UAAAGCACAACCAGGUCAGGUUAUAAAGCUCACAGCUCUUGUUUGUAUUGGACUGUGGGGUGUAUGGAGGAGCAAUUCAAAUAGGGUUGUUAGAGCUUCGAUGGGAAACGAGAAAGCCAGCUGGGGAUAAAUGCUGUGAUCUAACAGCAUAUUUAGCUGGAUAAGUAUGAAAGCUGCACUUGAUGGAGGUCUUGAUGACAUCAUGCAGCUAUUAGAAUCCCAGUUGCAAAAGUGGCAACUGUGUGUCUGUGUGUGAGAGAGAGGGGGGAGAGAGACAGAGAGAGGAGGUUGUGGGUGUUUGCAUACUUUCAGAUUUAAUCAAAGGCAGCACAAACUGGCUCUGAAAAUUAAUGAACCAUCUUCAGGUUACUUACUUUCUCAAACUUAUCAGAUUAUCCACGAUCGUAGGAUGGACUAGUUUUAGGAUGACCACAUUUUCAGCUGGCCCUGAUCUUUUACAUUUAAUAGCACUGCAGCCCGAUACGCAAACAUGUAAGCUUUUGCUCAUACAAAGUGUUAAAAUGUGGGAUUCUGCCUGGAAAGAGUGGAGCAAAAAGUAAGUGUGGAUGAGCCCUAAACUCUGGCAUUGUGUGCCAACCUUCCCUCCCCACGUCCACUACAUUUUUUAGAAAGGUUUCUUUGUGGUACUAAAACUAGAAGUCCAUCUAACAUACCUUCUUCCUUGGAUAGGCAAAGAUACCCAGAGUUGUACAUGGGUGGGUAGGAGAAAGGGGCAGAGAUUUUAUUGCCAUUAUUACUUUUUACGGUCAGAGGAGGACUUCCUUCUUUUGCUUCCUUAUGAAAAUCCCAGACUGACUAAACUGAGCUCACUCUCAAGAAUUUGCCCUCCUCUGGUCACUCUGUGUGCUUUAGACAUGUGGACUGCUUCGAUUUGGUGCUCAUAAUCUGUGGAUACCCAGUUUUGCAUCAGUUCUGAAGAAAGAAAGAAGGAAAGAAGGAAAGAAGGAAAGAAGGAAAGAAGGAAAGAAGGAAAGAAGGAAAGAAGGAAAGAAAGAAAGAAAGAAAGAAAGAAAGAAAGAAAGAAAGAAAGAAAGAAAGAAAGAAAUUCUCAAUGGGAUCACAGGAACCAGACGGUGAAAUCAGAAGGAAACCAAGAUAUGGCGCCACUAAUUCACUGGUACCGAAUAAUCACCAGGAGGCUGGAGAUCAAACCUACUUGGAUGAAAAGAUUGCCAUUCCAGAUGUUGCAGGAUAUGGUUUCAGUUUUAGGAAGCUCUGGGCAUUCACUGGACCUGGCUUCCUCAUGAGCAUUGCCUUCCUGGACCCAGGAAACAUUGAAUCAGACCUGCAAUGUGGAGCUGUUGCCGGCUUUCAGCUGCUCUGGGUUCUGCUCUGGUCCACAAUCCUGGGCUUGCUCUGCCAAAGACUGGCCAUCCGGCUUGGGGUCGUUACAGGCAAAGAUUUGGGAGAGAUAUGCCAUUUCUACUAUCCCAAGGUUCCUCGUGUGCUGCUCUGGAUCAUGAUAGAAAUUGCCAUCAUUGGCUCUGAUAUGCAGGAAGUGAUAGGCACAGCCAUUGCCUUCAACCUUCUGUCAGCUGGACGUAUCCCUUUGUGGGGUGGAGUCUUGAUCACCAUAGUGGACACUUUCUUCUUCCUCUUCUUAGAUAAAUAUGGUCUCAGAAAGCUGGAAGCCUUUUUUGGUCUCCUCAUCACAAUCAUGGCACUGACAUUUGGCUAUGAGUAUGUGGUAGUGAGUCCUGACCAGGGAAAGGUGAUGAAGGGGAUGUUUCUCCCCAUUUGCAAGGGCUGUGGACACAACGAACUUCUACAGGCUGUGGGAUUGGUUGGAGCCAUCAUCAUGCCCCAUAACAUCUACUUGCACUCUUCCCUCGUGAAGACCCGAGACAUUGACCGCUCUGACAAGAAGGCAGUGAAGGAGGCCAACAUGUACUUUCUGGUUGAGUCGACCAUUGCUCUCUUCGUUUCCUUCCUCAUAAACCUCUUCGUUAUGUCUGUGUUUGGAGAGGCCUUCUUUCGUAAACAGAACCAUGAUGUGCAUGAAACCUGUGCCAAUGCCAGCAUUUUCGCCAAUGGCAGCCUCUUCCCAAACUUUCCUGACAACAAUGAAACUGUCUCCGUGGACAUCUUCCAGGGGGGACUCAUCCUGGGAUGCUACUUUGGCUCCAUUGCUCUGUACAUUUGGGCCAUUGGGAUCCUUGCCGCAGGCCAAAGUUCAACCAUGACGGGGACCUACGCCGGGCAGUUUGUUAUGGAGGGCUUCUUGAAGCUUCGCUGGUCUCGCUUUGCCCGGGUGGUCUUCACUCGCGCCUUCGCUAUCCUUCCCACGGUCUUCGUUGCUGCUUUCAGGAGGAUAGAAGAUUUGACGAGCCUGAAUGAUGUUCUCAAUGUGCUGCAGAGCAUCCUGCUACCUUUUGCUGUCAUACCUGUUCUCACCUUCACCAGCAUGCAGCCUCUCAUGCAGGACUUUGUCAAUGGGAUCAUUAGCAAGAUCAUUAUGGUCCUCAUCACUGGACUGAUCUGUGCAAUCAACCUGUACUUUGUGGUGACAGCUAUAAUGGGCCUGAAUCAUCUGGCAUACUACAUCGUCAUAGCAUUGGCGCUAGCUGCAUACGUGGCCUUCGUCUGCUAUUUGAUUUGGACGUGUCUCAUCUCGCAUGGAGCUCGUUUCUUGGCCCGUGGGCCCCACACUCGAUUCGGUUAUGGGCUGCAGUGAUAGGCCAUCCCUCUCUCACACACACCAGAGGCUGCUAAAUCCUCCUCCUCCUUCCUGGACUGGAAGCAGCUGCCCCUCUGGAUCUGCCGAAAGGGAGAGGCGCCAGGACACUGGUGUCCACCAGCAAGAGAUGGACUUAAGCACUGGUAGCUGGCGAUCCAUGGUGGAGCACCUGCUUUGGGUGCAGAAGGUUCCGGGGUUCAUCUCCGGUAUCCUGCAAGGAAUCUUCAGACUCUGCGAAAGGGCUGUGGUCAGUGCCCCCAUGUAGGUGGGUCUGGACUUGUCUGGCCAUUGUCCAGAUUCAGCACAAGACAGUGGCUUGUAUUUUCGCUGGAAUAAACUCUCUUGGGAAGACAGUCCAACGAAUAAACUCUUCUGUUGGCUCCCUACGCUGCCCCCUACUCCAAGCAACACA